ACUUAUCUAUUUAAUAUAUUUGAAAUAUAAUCUCUUGUGAAAAGUGUGUCAGGCAACAAGAUUUUUGGUGUCAAAACGUUGAAUCUAAAAUGACGUUUUGUCAUUUUGAAGGUGUACAAUGGAAUGAUAAUAUCUUAUCAUUCCCCUGGAAGCUCACGCAUUUUGUCCUUCUUUCCCUUCACCCUCUGUUUCAGUAGAAAUUAUUAUGUCUUUUAACUUUAAUCAAAAAAGUGCAAGAAAAGCAUUUUCAAGCAUACUGUAAACCCAAUUAAGUUAGCAGAAGUCAAACAAAGGGAGGCAAUCAGUUGCCACAUUUUGUUGGAGUUCAUAAACUCAUUUCAACAUUUGAGUAUAUCAGAGCUUAAAUAUUUGGAGUUGAUAUUAGAUAUACUUUUAAAUUACUCAUAAAUUGAAUUACUGAUUAGGCCAACUCAAAAAUUGUCAGUAAAUGGUACUCAAAUAAUUCAUUCAUCUUUCUCAUUGCAAUAACUAAAGAUAACUUUAUCAUUUCAAGCAUGAAAACUCAGGAUUUCAUGUUCAACAAACUUAACAUUUAUUAGCUUUUUCUUUCAAUCUUCCGAUUACACACGACUCAAAAACAUUGACUUGCUUCAAGUCAAAAUCAUUUACCUUCAUAUUUAAUAAUAGUUGUGGCAACUGGUUGCCUUAAACAUAUUAAGUACUCUUAACUUAGAAGUAGUGGUGAGAAAUAUUCAAAAUCAGUCAAAACAAAAUGUCAGUGUAAACAUUUAAAAUAUCGGUUAAACAACAAUAAAAUGUAUAUUACAUCAACAACUUUGUGCCAUUAUGCUAAACACCAGUUGAAUACUGUAGAGCAGCAACUUGAACAUCCACAGUUGAACAAUAGUCACCAUGGACCAUGACAUAUUCUUCUUGUGGACUAUGAUCUAACAGGGUGAGCCCUCAGAACCCCCAACUCCUUUUCAGGUGUAGAGUUACACAUGUAACAUGAGGUCAUUUUUGACAGUCUGUAGCUUUGGUGACAAUUUAGAGUUAUCCAGACCAAGCAGGAUUUUCUGUGUGGACUCAAAUGUGUUGGUCAGUCCCUUCGGAUAGGAGAGAUGUAGAGCAUAAAUUAGGCCAAACAUUACCAGAAAGGCAUCAGCAAGCCUGGGGAGGUCGACCAAUCAUUUUCUCUGGGUGGUAGUGAACUGGGCUUGCGGCAUUGUCAAAGGAGGACCACAGGUUGUAAGGAGGACCACUGACGCAUCCCCCAGGUCUGGCUCAUCCAUAUCAUCCUGAAAAAAUGAAAAGGCCAAUAAAAUAUUAAAAACCAAAUAAAAAAAAUCUAUUAAAGAGCUGUGAAAAAAAAUCUGAAAAAAUAUUUAUCUCAUACUUUUUUAGAGCAGUUGUUUUUGAGUGGACAAAAUGUCUUUACGGGUCUCAAAGAUUUUGAAAGACGUUUAAGGUUUCUAAACAUCUUGCCAAAUGUUUGCACAGUUGAACACUGGCCCAUUUACAGAAAUAUUAAUGUGUGUUUCCUUUAUACAUAAGUAAAUGAAAUGAAAAUAUGAAUAGGUUCAUUUACAGUACAAUAGGCUUGAUAUUUCUUAACUGGGACUUACCACACAUGUUCUGAAAAAUCCAGACACUUCCUCACGCAGAUACACAGGAAGGACAUGGAGAAUAGUGACCCGCCUUGUGUGGACAUCAUGUGACUCCUAAGAAGAUUAAAAUAGUCUAAAUACUGUGACAAGUUUACUAAUCAAACCCAAUGCCAGUGAACGCAUUAUAUUAGCUGCCACAAUAAUAACAAUAAUAAUAAUCUGCACAUAAUUCCACUAAUAACCUGCUGACUUAUCUGGUGCAUUUGUGAAAUUCAAACACUUAUUUAAAGCUUUAAAUUCUCAACAUUACACAAAUACUUCACCUGUGAAAUGUAUAAUCACCUGUGUAUCAUGGACUUUGAAAAUGUCGGCCAACGCGUCUGCAGUUUUGCCCGUCGUGGAAGCUUUCUGCCAAAAUAACGCCAUUAAACGAGGAGUGUGACGAUCAAGUUCGGCGUAGAAAGUCUUGGGAAGGUUCUGGUUAGUAAUGCGUUGAAAUUCUGCAUACACCUGCAUCGUGGAUAGGACAGUACAGAAAGCAGAGAGAAAGGUAAUUCUUGAAUGUUAACGAGGCAGGUGAGCUUUCAAUUGAAGUCUGGAUCUUCAUAUUUCAAAGUGAAGUUACAGUCCAAUCCCAGUUGUUCUUUUAAAAUCUCAAUCAGUCCACCAACAAAGGCUGGACGGGAGCCGAGUUUUAAUUUUCUGACAGGGUCUGCUUCGAUGACACGAAGGAUCGUGUUUUGUGCGGCUUCAGCUGCCAUUGAUUUAAUAAAUGAAAUGGGAGGUUAAAAGAUAAAAGUUCAAAUCUUUAAAAAAAAAAACAAUAAAUGUACAAAUUCUGAUUUGUGAAGAAUUACUUACCAUAGCCAUUACCAUUACCAUUACCAUGGUCUUAAUUUUGUCUCACUUGUAUGAACCUACAGUAGCCCAUCUAUUUUGUAUGCAGAUAGUGGGCUUGUAUCAUUGAAUUCCGAUUGCAGUUGGAUAGACAGGCUUCCCUGUGUGGCUGACAGGAUCGAAGAUGCUCUACAUACCAGGAGUCAUAAUCAUAACAGAGAAAAUAGACAUUGUGAAUCACAAGGUAGAUCUGUGUUUGUCUGCAAAAUUUAGACAGCCCCCCACUGAGUCCAACAGACACAAACACUCCACUGGUAUAGACUAUGCCAUUAAUGGUCACCUUUGAUGUACAAUAGACAGUGUCACUGGUUGUUUGUCCUCAGAUGUGAGCCUGAGCGACUUCUGGUAGAGACAGACUCAACCCUGGAUGUUUGUGUUUUUGGCUUGAAAAAUGAUGUUGAAGCAAGGUGAUGGGCCAUCAUGUGCUGGUGUCUCACUGCCAUUGUCUUCAAGACAUUUUCUGAAGUUUUGCACAUAAUGCAUAAAGCCGCCUAACCCACGGGCAGCCAGGUUGUCGGCAGAAACACAGAAGAUGGUGCCUUUCACAUUCUGACCAACAGAUUCAAUGAAAACACCAUCCUGUUCGAGUGUGUGAAGAUCAUGGACCAGUGGAGCAAGUACAGCUGCAUGUCCAUAUUUCUGGAGGUCUGUCACUUUAGCUGGCACAGUCAGUUGUAUAGUGUGCAUUGCUGAUCGAUACUUGGGCGGCACAGAGUUUGUAAACUUUACGUGAUGUGCCAAGAGGGUUAGCUAUUUCCAGAUCGUCAAUAUGUAUCUGGCGUGCUAGGUGUACAUCUUCUGUUUAGAGCAGAGGUAGGGAACCUAUGGCUCGGGAGCCAGGACGAGUGUCGGAUAUGACGUCGAAACCAAACCCAACAACAUCCGGUGUUUAACAGCCCGUGUGUGACUUCUAUUUUUGGGCGGGUUUAUUCGAAGUUUAAUCAAAAUGGCGCUGACGUCUGCCUUGCGGUGUUUGAAGUUAAGCGAAAUCCCACAAGACUGGGUAGAUGCAAUGUGGGAUGCGGAAUUUACAGAGGUGACGCAGAUGGAAGGUCACUUUGAGGAGGAGCUGGCAGCCUGUAGUGAUGAAGCUUUCCGAAGCCUCUACAAGAGUCUAUUGGUUUAUGCUACUCAGCUGUCUUCCAGUAGAGAUGAUGGGUCACAGAGUAUCUGGACACAGCUGGGGGAGAAUGGCGUGUCGGUGAAGUCUCUGUUGGCCGUGCUGGCCUUCUUUGUGUUGCGAGGACGAGCCAAAGCAGCGAAUGUUCGGCAGAGGGUGGGCAGCCUGCAUGCUGCUUCGCUGUACCUGCUGCUGCUUGGAAUCCCAGGAAGCAUCGCCAACAAAGUUUUUCAUGAGAUUUUGCUGGACACUUGCUUGAACGCAUCUUUGCAAUGCUGGCCUCAGGACUCUGGCAAGAAGCGCAAGAAGGACACUCUUAAGAGUUCUCAGGCUGAGGGCAAGCGUUCCAAACCACAGCGGAAGGAAACUUUUGAGCUGCAGAUGGAUGUGGAUGAUGAAGACGACGAGGAGGAGGAAGUGGAGCUUCACUUCUCAGACCAAACACGCAUCAGACACGCACUGGUUCUUCUGCUUCAAAGUCUUCUCCGACUUCUGCAGACAUUUGCACUGAAAGACAAACCACAAAGUGCCAGCAGUUGCACCCAAAUUUUCAUCAGGCUGCUCUACUUUGAGCCAGUCAUCAGCGAGCUCACAUUUUCUGCUGGACAAGAUGUCACAAAAAUGCAGAGCAUCUCAGAGAUGGCUUUUUAUGGUUUGCAGCUGCUUUGCUCACCAAAACAUGGAGACCAGAGAGAGUCCCUGCGCAGGGUUUUCCACCGCCUCCUCUACGUGAUCUUGAUGAUGAAUAAAGGGCACAGCGGGAAGCCGGAGUUGCUCGUACCCAGUCAGGCAAUCCUUACGACACGUAACCAAGCCAUCCGAUUUGUUUGUAACAUCGUGGCUGAGCUGAAGGAAGUAGCGCUCCCUUUCUUACAAAUUCUGCUGCAGCACAUUUGUUACCAGAUGGUGGAGAAAAGCGAGUUUCGAAGCCAUGGAGCCCAGGCUGUUGGCAUGCUAACAUCCCAGAUGUCAAAUGCGGACUACGCCUGCUUCAUCAAAUGGCUGCACAAGUUCUCCAGACAUUCAAAGAUGGCGUCCCGCCUGUUCUCUGUGGAUGUGGUGAUGGUUCUGCUGGGGCAGCCGGAGAGGACUGAUGAUAUUGACGACCCAGAGCUGUCCGGCUACCUGCCGCACAAGUUUCUGAUCCAGAGCCUGCUGUUUGCUCAGCGUAACGACCAAUCAGCAACUGUCCAAGGCCACGCCUUCGCCUGCCUGGCCCAGUGUCUGGAGCUGCAGUCGCUCAACGCCACCCGUGCUGUCCAAAACCUCUUCUGUGCCACCAUGACGCAGACAAUGAUGGAGGGGGAAACUACAGAAGGCAGUCUUCCGCCACCUCAGAGAACCUCCCACUCACUGCCCUUCAGGACUGUGGCUAUCAGCGACACCCAUACCUUGGCCUCUGACGCAAAAGAGAACCUGUCUCUUCUUCUGCGACGUGUGCAAAACUCUAUGACAAGCGUGAGGAAAUCGGCCCUACAGGCCCUUGCGGGUCUUCUUAAGCACGGUCUGAUCCCGGCGAGCUGGGAUUACCUGUCGGUGCUGUCGGAGCGCAGCAGAGACCCGGCUGUGUCUGUGAAGAAGAAAGCCCUGCUGUGUGUGGGAGAGUUGCUCAAUGCUAAACCAGAUUGCAGCAUUGUGCAGAAGGCGUGGCUGCAUGGUGUGCUUCCAGCUGUGGCGGACACAGAGAGCUCUGUCCAAGAGAAGGCCCUGGAGGCUCUGGACCAGGUCUUGCUAAACCAGAUCAAAGCCUACAGUGCCAGCUGCCACCUUGAUAGCCAUCAGAGCCGGGCCUGGAACCUGCUGAACAUGCUCUGUGAUGAGUGCCAGAACCUUGGCCGAUACUUCAGCCGGGCCUUUAGCAUCUGGUCCAAACAAAACAAGUUUACCGCCAUGUUCGUAACUAACCUGAUCUCGCACACGGAGGCUGGUCACUCUGCCGGAGCCUGGCUGCUGCUUUCCAAGGUCGUGGCUGCUUCACCCAAAAUCCCUUACGGAAACAUCCUGGAUGCCUGGGACAGCAUGCUCAGUUCAAAAAACAUGAGCGACAGAACAUGUUGUCACGUUUUGUGUGUGAUCGGGGAGAUAUCUGCUCACUUAAAUGAAGAUACCAAGGAAAGAAUAGUUGAUGAUCUUAUGUCUUGGUUGAAAACCUUUACGAUGUCUCUUGAGGUGGUCAGUGCUGCUAUCGAGGCUCUUCAUCAACUUGGUGGCAGUGAAGAUGUCAAACAAACUCAGGCUUUCCUGAAUCAGCACUGUGGGGAACUGGUGUCGCUGUGUGAGGUUUAUCUAGCCGGCAUUCUACUGAAUGAAAGUGGAGCCCAGAAUAUGAAUGAAGACCUCAUGGUAAGACACCUCCACACUUUGGGUGUUGCGUCUCUCAACUGUCCCGCCAGAGUAUCCAAAAGGGUGGUUCUGCUGGUGGAAUCUGUUGUCACCACACAUCUUGACAAGCUCCCAGAGCAUCUGGAUGAGCUGCCAGCUUCCCUGCCUCUGUCCCGAUUCAAAGCAAUCUCUCUGCCCACCAGAGUCAGAGCACAUGGUGUCAUCACUUUGGGUAAGCUGUGUCUGCAGCACGAGGAAUUGGCAGACAAGUACCUUCCCGUGUUCGCCAGAGAGCUGGAGGUCGGCACAGAAGUGGCCUUACGCAACAACGUGGUGGUGAUCAUGUGCGAUCUAUGUGUUCGAUACACAAACAAAGUGGACAGUUACAUCCCCAACAUCUCUGCCUGUCUACGAGACGAUGACCCAGUCGUCAGGGAGCAGACGCUCAUCAUGUUGACCAACCUCCUCCAGGAGCAGUUUGUGAAAUGGAAGGGUUCUCUUUUCUUCCACUUCAUGGUCAUGCUUGUUGAUCCUGUCCCGGCUAAUGCCAGUCUGUGUGAAUACUGCUUGAUCCACUUACUGCUGAAGAAUAACCCAGAAAUGUUUAGUCAGCAUUUCAUUGAGUGCAUUUUCCACUUCAACUCCUACAGUGGACACAAUUCCUACAACAAGUUCCCUCAGACUGACAGGGAUAAAGUCAGGUUCUCUCUGAAAGGACCUCAACAUCGUGAGAAACGUUUUCGGAUUUACCGGUUUCUGCUCCGGCACUUCACUGAUGCUCAGCGCUUCAACAUCACCAACAAGAUCAACCAAAGCGUGUUAGCCUUGUUUGCUGAUGAACAGCUGCCUCUUGAUGCCGAGGGUGCGGACAUCCUAUCGGAGACCUUCAACAUACUGACUCUAAAAGAGAUGAAGCUGCAAGUCAUGUCUGCUCUACAUGGAGGUGCUGCAGCUGAGGAAGCCGAAGAGGAGAACAUGGCGGCGAUGGCCAAAGUUGUCCUGCAGGCAGCUCAAAAUAAAGUGGUGUCUCAGGUCAGGAAGAAGGCUUUCAUAGAGAAAACGGUUCCACUCAUCAUCAGCCUGAAGCACUUACUGCAGCGCCAACGCUCUUCUGUCCUCAAAGAUCUCAUGGCCUACCUCCAGGUCACUAUGCAGGAUUACCGUAAUGAGGUUGAGGAUUUUUUCGUUGGAGAUGAGCAACUCGCAGCAGAGGUGGAGUUUGCUCUUAAGGAAGCUGAGAAGGGGAGCGAGUUGGAGAAGCAGAUGGACAACUGCAGCCUCACGGAAGACCCAAACAUGGCGCCGGCUGAGGCUUCGGUCCGUGGCGCUCUGGUCGUGCCCAAGCUGCUUUUUCCUUUCACCUUCGCCACGCCGCAGCCACAACGUCCAAAUGCUCUGUCUGUGAGACAGAUACAGACUGAGCGUGUGCGUUUCUCUGGCAGAUCCGCACCAGAAGAACCAGCGUCACAGUCCAUUGUUCUGGAAAAAGCAGUGAUGCCCGCCGGUGCUGCGAAGAGCAGAGCCUUCAGCACACCCAAAGGUGUCAACAUCAACCUGACUUUUGAGGAGGGAGUCAGCGCCAUCUACAGUGAUAAAGGAACAAGUCUUUGCGAGGAGACGGACGUUCUUCGUGUACAGUCGACUACAGAACCAUCCCCGCCUGGACCGAGGCAGUGGAAUGUGCAGUCCCCACUUCGUCAGAAAAAGAAAACAAAUGCUUAGUUCAACUCUUAUUUUCUUUUUUCAUCACAUUUGAGUGUUUUCUCACCCAGCUCUCCUACUUAUUUCCCUGGCUUUGUCUGUGUCUCAUACUUGUAUAUACUUAUAUGUGAUGAUAUUUUCAUGUGGA